AUGUUAGAUCAAGCUAACAACUUUCAUCCAAAUAUUAAACUAGUGCGACAAAUUGGCAGAAAUAUGCCACUUAUUGAUGAAUUCAUUGAGAACAGUAACGGAACUUUAAAAACUUCAGAGUAUCAUAAAGAAGCUGCUGAGCCAUAUCCCGUACCCUUUGUAUCAGAUCAUGAUAGUCAUGUUUUUCGAAACACUGUUGAUACUGCUAUUACGAGAGCAAUUCGUUAUUCAACAACCUUGGUUCAUUUCGAGGAAGAAAUACGAUAA